CCUCCCUCCCGCUUCGGCGCAGCCAUGCCCUCCAACGCCUCCUACCGUCCGCUCACCAAGAAGCCCAGCGGCGGGGCUGGCAGUCCCCUGGCCGCGCCGCUCGUGCUGCAGGCCAACACGGCGCUGACGGCCUUCAGUGCCCUCUUCCUCUUUCUCUGCCUCGUCGCCUCGCUGGCCCCCACGGCGCCCUCGGCCUCGGCACGCGGCGGCGGGCCGCGGCGCGCGGGCGUGCGUGCGCCCGCAUGCAACCCUUUUGCGCUGCCGGGCUACGUGGCGCGCCUGGCGCCGACGAACGCGGCGCCCGCCGGGCUGGGCACGUGGCGCACCUUUGACCCCGCCUGCGCCGCCAGUCCGCUGCUGGCCGCGCUGCUGAGCAGCCGGCCGUCGACGGCGCCGCACCACCUGCACACGCCGCUGCCGGCGUCGCUCGCCAUGCUGCGCAACGCCACCGCGCUCCUCGUCGGCGACCGCACCGACCACGCGCUCCUCACGCACGUGUGCGACAUUGCGGGAGAGAAGGUCGAGGCCGUCGAUGCGGCGCAUCCGUGGGGCGCGCCGCUGCAGACGGUGCCCAGGGCGCAUCGCUGGCCCAACAACGAUGCCGCGGCGCUCAAGGCGGGACAGACGGCCGAUGAGCGGGAACUGCUCGACACGGGCAAGAGGGCACUGGCGCAUUACUGCUAUCUCUCCGACUAUGACUUCCUCCUCACUUCAGUCUACCACUACGGCACCGACACUGCCUCGCGCUGGCGUUCUCUGCCCUCCUUCGUCGCUCCCUCCCUCUUCGAAGACCGCGUCUCCGAUCUCUUCGUGCCCUACAUCAGCGCCAUGUCAUCUUCCUUGCCUCAGCAUCGCUCUCCCACGCUGCCUCCCGCGCGCAGCCGCCUUGAUCUCGUCAUCUUCUCCUCGGGCUUCUGGGACCUGGCGGCCUGGGCACGCGAGGACAUCAAGGCGGGCAGCAGCGCCACGUCGGAUCUGAGCGAGAGUCGCCUGCUGGAAUGGCGCGCGCGAAGCGUGGAUAUGGUGGCGGCCCUGGCAAAGGCUUGGCCAAAGACGAGCUUGGCGUGGCGAAGCAGCCAGAUUCCAAGCAGCACCGAACCGGCAACGGUCGAGUGGUGGACGGGAGAGCUGGGCGAGGGAGAGCAGCCAAAGAAUCAUCCUCUCUUCUCUCUCAAUCGUCUCUCGGCACUCACGAACGCCCGCCGCUCCGUCCUUGAGCCGCACGGCGACGACGUGGCGAAAGGGCUGCGUGAUCGUGCCGCACGCUUCCCUCGGAGAUUGCUCGGACAAGGUCAACUGGAUCCAGUCUCGCCGUCUAUCGACGCGGGAGGAAGCAUCUUCACAGAGAUGCUGCUGCAUCAACUGGCAGUCGCUGCGUCGGGCUACUAA